CCAAUAAAACGCUCUCUCCCAUUUAUGCCUUCGGGUGUUGCAGUCUCCAUUCACAAAAAAGGAAGAAACGCUUCAUAUUUUUCUCUGUUUUACUGAGUAACUGAUGUCAAGGUUUUAAAGAGUUGCAGGUAUCCCAAAAAAAAAAAAAAAACUAAAGAGAAAGAGAGAGAUGGGUUCGUGUGUAUCAGUGCAUAAGAGCUCUCAAGAAUCGGCCAUGAAAAUUGGACUCUCUUUUGGGUCUAAAACAGACAAUCUCAUCAUCCCACCUUCACUUGUUAAGGAGAAACCCGAUGCUGCCAACGGUAGUGAAGAUGAAUCCUUUUUUGAUUCCCGAGCAUACCUGGAUUUGGAUUGUGAUGACGAUUUCUUCAGUGUUAACGGUGAUUUCACUCCAUCUGGUGGUAAUACCCCCCUACAUCAUAAUAGCUUCUCCAUGGAGGCACCUAGAAAUUACAAGGCCACUGAGGAUGGAUCUCCUGGCUCAGCUUGGGAAACGUACCCUGGAAAGAAAAAGAAGCUGGUUGAACUAUUCCGUGACAACAUUAAUGAAGAUCAAGAUGUUGUUCAUGAGCUGAAUGCCUCGAUCAACCAGGACACUGCGAAUAGAAAGCUCGAAGUCAAACCAAAAAUCCAAGAAAUACUACCUCCAAAAUCUGCUGAUGGUACCCCUCAAGUCUCUCGAACCAACUCCUGGUGUAGUAGUAAAAGGACUGCAAAUGGUGAUAACCUCAUGUUUAAGGAGAAGCCUCUUAGCUCCACGCAAAGUUGCCUUCCUAGCUUGGUUUCGUGUAAUAGUUUUAGCGAAAGGAAGAAGAAAAUGAGCCCUGCAAUAGUAAAUUAUAAACCUUAGUAGCCAUCGGUUUCCCGGCAAGUAGGUUGAAGAAGCCCAGAACUUAAGUCCUAGAGUUCGUGCUCGCAAUAUAACAUAGAAGUUUUCUCGGAUAUAAUGAAGUAUUGGGGGUAGGGGGUCAUGAUUACAUAUGGGAUGUAAUGAAGUCCCAGAGAUUCGGGCAAUGUAAAAAGCAUUACAUUAAAUAUAUGACAUCGAAAAUAUUAUAUAUACAUAUGUUUGUAACUGCUGUGUAUGAAAUCCAAAUUGUGGUUUACAGGUUCAUCUGAAAUAAUAAUAUAAGUUAUGGUAUGUUA